GGUGGGCCAGAGCACAUAAUGGUGCUAGAUGCAGAAGUGGACAGUACGACUGUUGAAGCAUACACGAGUAUACUAGAAUGCGACACACCGAAAGGGAAGAGGGGAAAAACCAAAGUAAAAGUGAAAUCAUCGUCACUAACUAGAGGAGUGAAAAAAACUUUCACCAGAGUGGAGAAACGGUUAGACGAUUAUGUCUACGGUGAUUUGAAAAAGGGGGCAAAGAAUAAAUCGAAACAAAAGUGGAAUCCUAGUGAAGCACCGUUGAUUCACUUGCUACCGAAUACCGAUGCGAAUCUAAUGCACCAAAUCGUUGACUGUGCUGACGCAGAUCUCACUUGCACUGUCUGGACCAAUGAUGUGACGAGAGAAGUUGUACCCCUGGAAGACAUAUUGAAACUCUUGCAAGGUGGGGACGUCUCAAAUUGGAUGAUCGACGGUCUCGCUCGUAUGUUAAUGAUCCAACUAGAUAAUGAUAAUUUCAACCACGAUUUUCCAAUGCAACAAAUUAUAUUGCACACCCCGAAAAGCGACAUAAGAGCAGUUCUACUCGACAAGAAGCUUCAUCGUGUGUUUGAAAACGUCUGGCAACAUGGGACUAAAUACUAUCGUUACUUGGUAUUCCCUAUGAAUGGCAGCGGAGACAAAUCACUAAAAAUUACACCGUACCAUUGGACCAUUCUUUUCUUUGAUGUUAGGAAAAAGAAUUGGAUGCACUACAAUUCGUUGAGGAAGAGAGACAGAAGAGAUCCACUCCUGAAAGACGCCACCUUUGUGAAAAAAUAUGUGGAGAAUUACAUGAAGGACAGGCAUGCUGAGCUGAAGAACCAAAGUACCGGUACAAAAAUACUCUUUCAAGAACAUAAUUUUGAUGCUCCAAUCUACUCACCUCAACAUGCUCCACAACAAGAAAAUACAUCGGUUGAUUGUGGGAUUAUCAUGUGCAUUCUCAUGGAAGUAUUGGCGCACCUUGAGCCAUCCCAAAAACACUGA